UCCUAUUCAGUGGAUGGAGCUGGGGGAGAGUCCCUUGUUCAUACAGCAGUGAAUAUUUUCUAUAGCCAACGAUAACUUGAAACUGACAGCUUUUGAAGAUGUCUGACGGCGGUGGAGCUGAAGAUGGUUCUGGCACCAUGGAGGUGUCUGCUGCCGUGCAGACGGUGGCCGACACCUCGGUGCUUCAGAAGCAUAUCCGCAAGCUUGUCCCGCUGCUCUUAGAAGAUGGCGGCGAAGCACCGGCCUCCCUGGAAACCGCCCUAGAAGAAAAGAGCUCGGUAGAGCAGAUGAGAAAAUUCCUUUCAGAUCCUCAAGUGCACACCAUUCUGGUUGAGAGGAACACCCUUAAAGAGGAUGUUGGGGAUGAGGGAGAAGAGGAGAAGGAGUGCAUAACCUACAACAUCUCCAUUGACAUACACUACGGGCUGAAAUCCAACAGCCUGGCUUUUAUCAAGAGGACUGGAGUCAUUGAUGCAGACAAGACCAUUUCCAGCCAGGUGCGCGUGCUGACUCUGAGUGAGGACUCCCCCUAUGAGACCCUGCACUCUUUCAUCAGUAAUGCCGUCGCCCCUUUCUUCAAGUCCUACAUCCGGGAGUCUGGCAAGGCUGACAGGGAUGGUGACAAGAUGGCACCCUCUGUGGAGAAGAAAAUCGCUGAGCUGGAGAUGGGGCUGCUGCAUCUGCAGCAGAACAUCGAGAUCCCGGAGAUCAGCCUCCUCAUCAACCCCAUCAUCACCAACAUCGCCAAGCAGUGCUACGAGCGCGGGGAGAAGCCUAAGGUCACCGACUUUGGUGACAAGGUGGAAGACCCAACCUUCCUCAAUCAGCUGCAGUCAGGGGUCAACCGGUGGAUCAGGGAAAUCCAGAAGGUGACCAAACUGGACCGUGACCCUGCCUCUGGAACUGCCCUGCAAGAGAUCAGUUUCUGGCUGAACCUGGAGCGUGCUCUGAACCGCAUCCAGGAGAAGAGGGAGAGCCCCGAGGUGCUGCUCACUCUGGACAUUCUCAAACACGGCAAACGCUUCCAUGCCACCGUCAGCUUCGACACCGACACCGGUCUGAAGCAGGCUGUGGAGACCGUCAAUGACUACAAUCCCCUGAUGAAGGACUUCCCCCUCAAUGACCUCCUGUCUGCGACUGAGCUGGAUAAGAUCCGCCAGGCGUUGGUGGCCAUCUUCACCCACUUGCGGAAGAUCCGCAACACCAAGUACCCCAUCCAACGUGCCCUGCGCCUGGUAGAGGCUAUCUCGCGGGACCUAAGCUCCCAGCUCCUGAAAGUCCUGGGCACCAGGAAGCUGAUGCAUGUGGCCUAUGAGGAAUUUGAGAAGGUCAUGGUGGCGUGCUUUGAGGUGUUCCAGACCUGGGAGGAUGAGUAUGAGAAGCUGCAGGUGCUGCUGAGGGACAUAGUGAAGAGGAAGAGGGAGGAGAACCUGAAGAUGGUGUGGCGCCUGAGUCCCGCCCACCGCAAGCUGCAGGCCCGUCUGGAUCACAUGAGGCGCUUCCGACGGCAGCAUGAGCAGCUGAGGGCCGUCAUCGUGCGCGUUCUCCGCCCCCAGGUGUCAGCUGUUCCCCAGCACACGCAGGGUGAGGCUGUGGAGCCACCUGAUAUGAAAGUGGCUGAGGUUCUGUUUGACGCGGCUGAUGCCAAUGCCAUCGAGGAGGUGAACUUGGCCUAUGAGAACGUGAAGGAAGUGGAUGGCCUGGAUGUGUCCAAGGAGGGCGUGGAGGCCUGGGAGGCGGCCAUGAAGCGCUAUGAUGAGCGCAUUGACCGUGUGGAGACACGCAUCACUGCCCGUCUGCGCGACCAGCUUGGUACCGCGAAGAAUGCCAAUGAGAUGUUCCGCAUCUUCUCCCGCUUCAACGCACUCUUUGUGCGGCCGCACAUCCGUGGCGCUAUCCGCGAGUACCAGACACAGCUCAUCCAGCGCGUCAAGGACGACAUCGAGUCGCUGCACGACAAGUUCAAGGUGCAGUAUCCACAGAGCCAGUCAUGCAAGAUGAGCCACGUGCGUGACCUGCCACCCGUCUCGGGCUCCAUCAUCUGGGCCAAGCAGAUUGACCGGCAGCUGACGGCCUACAUGAAGCGCGUGGAGGACGUGCUGGGCAAGGGCUGGGAGAACCACGUGGAGGGCCUCAAGCUCAAACAGGAUGGCGACAGCUUCCGUGCCAAGCUCAACACGCAGGAGAUCUUCGAUGACUGGGCCCGCAAGGUGCAGCAGCGCAACCUGGGCGUUUCGGGCCGCAUCUUCACCAUUGAAAGCAGCCGUGCCCGCGGCCGCACAGGCAACAUGCUGAAGCUGAAGGUGAACUUCCUGCCGGAGAUCAUCACACUCUCCAAGGAGGUGCGCAACCUCAAGUGGCUGAGCUUCCGCGUGCCGCUGGCCAUUGUCAACAAGGCCCACCAGGCCAACCAGCUGUACCCCUUCGCCAUCUCGCUCAUUGAGAGUGUGCGCACCUACGAGCGCACCUGUGAGAAGGUGGAGGAGCGCAUCUCCAUCUCCCUGCUGGUGGCGGGCCUGAAGAAGGAAGUGCAGGCCCUCAUCACAGAAGGCAUUGCCCUGGUGUGGGAGUCCUACAAGCUGGACCCUUACGUCCAGCGUUUGGCUGAAACAGUCUUCAACUUCCAGGAGAAGGUGGAUGACCUCCUCCUCAUCGAGGAGAAGAUCGACCUGGAGGUGCGUUCCCUGGAGACCUGCAUGUAUGACCACAAGACCUUCACUGAGAUCCUGAGCCGUGUGCAGAAAGCUGUGGAUGACCUCAAUCUGCACUCCUACUCCAACCUGCCCAUUUGGGUCAAUAAGCUGGACAUCGAGAUUGAGAGAAUACUUGGGGUGCGUCUGCAAGCCGGCCUCAGGGCCUGGACACAGGUGCUGCGGGGGCAGAUGGAGGACAAGGCUGACGUCGACAUGGACACAGAGGCUCCUCAAGUGAGCCACAAGCCUGGAGGAGAGCCAAAGAUCAAGAAUGUUGUGCACGAGCUGCGCAUCACCAAUCAAGUCAUCUACCUAAAUCCUCCCAUAGAAGACUGCCGCUACAAGCUCUACCAGGAGAUGUUUUCAUGGAAAAUGGUCAUCCUCUCCCUCCCAAGGAUCCAGAGUCAGAGAUACCAGGUGGGCGUGCACUAUGAGCUCUCGGAGGAGGAGAAGUAUUACAGAAAUGCCUUAACGAGGAUGCCCGAUGGCCCGGCCGCUCUUGAGGAAGCCUACAACGCAGUGAAGGAGAACGUCAAUGAGGUGGAGCAGUAUGUCAAGGUGUGGCUGCAGUACCAGUGUCUGUGGGACAUGCAGGCUGAGAACAUCUACAACCGCCUCGGGGAAGACCUCAACAAGUGGCAGGCCUUGCUGGUCCAGAUCCGCAAAGCCAGAGGGACUUUCGACAAUGCAGAGACCAGGAAGGAGUUUGGCCCUGUGGUCAUAGACUAUGGCAAGGUCCAGUCUAAAGUGAACCUGAAGUAUGACUCCUGGCACAAAGAGGUGCUCAGCAAGUUUGGGCAGAUGUUGGGCAACAACAUGCAGGACUUCCACUCCCAGAUCUCCAAGUCUCGGCAAGAGCUGGAACAGCAUUCUGUGGACACGGCCAGUACCUCGGACGCUGUGACUUUCAUCACCUACGUGCAGACCCUCAAGCGCAAGAUCAAGCAGUUUGAGAAGCAGGUUGAUCUCUUCCGAAAUGGCCAGCGGCUCCUGGAGAAGCAGCGCUUCCAGUUCCCACCCUCCUGGCUCUACAUCGACAACAUUGAGGGUGAGUGGGGUGCUUUCAGUGACAUCAUGAAACGCAAGGACACGGCAAUCCAGCAGCAGGUGGCCAACCUGCAGAUGAAGAUUGUCCAGGAGGACCGGGCCGUGGAGAACCGCACCACUGACCUGCUGACGGACUGGGAGAAGACCAAGCCUGUUGCUGGGAGCCUCCGUCCAGAGGAGGCGCUGCAGUCCCUCACCAUCUACGAGGGCAAGUUUGGCAGGCUGAAGGACGACCGGGAGAAGUGCGCCAGAGCCAAAGAGGCCCUGGAGCUGACUGACACGGGGCUGCUGAGCGGCAGCGAGGAGAGAGUGCAGGUGGCGCUGGAGGAGCUGCAGGACCUGAAGGGAGUGUGGUCUGAGUUGUCAAAGGUGUGGGAGCAGAUCGAUCAGAUGAAGGAGCAGCCCUGGGUUUCUGUUCAACCACGCAAGCUGCGUCAGAGCUUGGAUGGCCUUCUGAACCAGCUGAAGAACUUCCCUGCACGACUGCGCCAGUAUGCCUCUUACGAGUAUGUACAGAGGCUGCUCAAGGGCUACAUGAAGAUCAACAUGCUGGUGAUCGAGCUGAAGUCGGAGGCACUGAAGGACCGCCACUGGAAGCAGCUGAUGAAGAGGCUCCAUGUGAACUGGGUGCUGUCAGAGCUGACGCUGGGCCAGAUUUGGGACGUGGACCUGCAGAAGAACGAGAUGGUGGUGAAGGACGUGCUGCUGGUGGCCCAGGGAGAGAUGGCCCUGGAAGAGUUCCUCAAGCAGAUUCGGGAGGUUUGGAACUCCUAUGAGCUGGACCUGGUCAACUACCAGAACAAGUGUCGCCUAAUCAGGGGAUGGGAUGACCUUUUCAACAAGGUCAAAGAGCACAUCAACAGCGUGUCAGCUAUGAAGCUGUCUCCCUACUACAAGGUGUUUGAAGAGGAUGCACUCAGCUGGGAGGACAAGCUGAACCGCAUCAUGGCCCUGUUCGACGUGUGGAUUGAUGUCCAGCGCCGCUGGGUCUACCUGGAGGGCAUCUUCACUGGCAGCGCCGACAUCAAGCACCUGCUUCCUGUUGAGACCCAGAGGUUCCAGAGCAUCAGCACAGAGUUCCUGGCUCUGAUGAAGAAAGUGACCAAGUCACCCCUGGUGAUGGAUGUGCUGAACAUCCAGGGCGUGCAGAGGUCUCUGGAGAGGCUGGCCGACCUGCUGGGCAAGAUCCAGAAGGCGCUGGGCGAGUACCUGGAGAGGGAGCGCUCGUCCUUCCCCAGGUUCUACUUUGUGGGUGAUGAAGACCUGCUGGAGAUCAUUGGCAACAGCAAGAACGUGGCCAAGCUGCAGAAGCACUUCAAGAAGAUGUUUGCCGGAGUGUCCAGCAUCCUCCUGAACGAGGACAACACUGAGGUGCUGGGCAUCUCUUCCCGAGAGGGAGAGGAGGUACUCUACAAGACCCCGGUAUCCAUCACAGAGCACCCCAAGAUCAACGAGUGGCUGACCCUCGUGGAGAAGGAAAUGAGGGUCACAUUGGCCAAGCUUCUGGCUGAGUCUGUCACGGAGGUGGGCGCCUUCAACAAGGGCACCGGCAUUGACCUGGGCACCUACAUCGACUGGAUUGACAGAUACCAGGCCCAGCUGGUGGUUCUGUCGGCUCAGAUUGCCUGGUCAGAAAACGUGGAGAGCGCCCUGACCACCAUCGCGGGCGGCGGGGACAUGUCGCCCCUGCAGGGGGUCCUGUCCAACGUGGAGGCCACACUGAACGUGCUGGCCGACACCGUACUGAUGGAGCAGCCCCCACUGCGUAGGAAGAAGCUGGAGCACCUGAUUACAGAGCUGGUUCACCAGAGGGACGUGACCAGGGCCCUGAUCAAGAACAAGAUUGACAACUCCAAGUCCUUUGAGUGGCUGUGCCAGAUGCGCUUCUACUUCGACCCCAAGCAGACCGACGUGCUCCAGCAGCUGUCCAUCCAGAUGGCCAACGCCAAGUUCAACUAUGGCUUUGAGUACUUGGGUGUCCAGGACAAGCUGGUCCAGACCCCGCUCACAGACCGCUGCUACCUGACCAUGACGCAGGCUCUGGAGGCUCGGCUCGGUGGCUCCCCCUUCGGUCCUGCUGGUACUGGAAAGACGGAGUCAGUGAAAGCUCUCGGUCACCAGCUUGGACGCUUUGUGCUGGUCUUUAACUGCGAUGAGACUUUUGACUUCCAGGCCAUGGGACGUAUCUUCGUGGGGCUGUGUCAGGUGGGCGCCUGGGGCUGCUUUGACGAGUUCAACCGUCUGGAGGAGAGGAUGCUGUCGGCUGUCUCCCAACAGGUCCAGUACAUCCAGGUGGCCCUGCGGGAGCACAGCAACCCCAACCGAGACCGCAGCUCUCCCAUCACCUGUGAGCUGCUGAACAAGCAGGUGAAGGUGAGCCCUGAAAUGGCCAUCUUCAUCACCAUGAACCCGGGCUACGCCGGCCGCUCCAACCUGCCCGACAACCUGAAGAAGCUGUUCCGCAGCCUGGCCAUGACUAAGCCUGACCGGCAGCUCAUCGCCCAGGUCAUGCUGUACUCCCAGGGUUUCCGCACUGCUGAGACUCUAGCCAAGAAGAUUGUCCCCUUCUUCAAGCUCUGCGACGAGCAGCUGUCCUCUCAGAGCCACUACGACUUCGGGCUGCGAGCUCUGAAGAGCGUGCUGGUGAGCGCUGGCAACGUGAAGAGGGAGCGCAUCCAGAAGAUCAAGCGCGAGAAGCGUGAGCGUGGUGAGGACGUGGACGAGAAUGAGAUCGCCGAGAACCUGCCCGAGCAGGAGAUUCUGAUCCAGAGCGUGUGCGAGACCAUGGUGCCCAAGCUGGUGGCGGAGGACAUCCCCCUGCUGUUCAGCCUGCUCUCGGACGUCUUCCCCGGAGUGCAGUACAUGCGUGGGGAAAUGACUGCCCUCCGUGAGGAGCUCAAGAAGGUCUGCGCUGAGAUGUACCUUACCUAUGGGGAUGGAGACGACGUGGGGAGCAUGUGGGUGGAGAAGGUGCUGCAGCUCUACCAGAUCACCCAGAUCAACCAUGGCCUUAUGAUGGUGGGCCCCUCAGGCAGCGGGAAGACCAUGGCCUGGAGGGUCCUGCUCAAGGCCCUGGAGAGGCUGGAGGGCGUGGAGGGUGUGGCCCACAUCAUUGACCCUAAGGCCAUCAGCAAGGACCACCUCUACGGCACCCUGGACCCCAACACCCGCGAGUGGACUGAUGGGCUAUUCACGCACGUGCUCAGGAAGAUCAUUGAUAAUGUGCGCGGCGAGCUGCAGAAGCGGCAGUGGAUCAUCUUCGACGGUGAUGUGGAUCCCGAGUGGGUAGAGAACCUCAACUCGGUGCUGGAUGACAACAAGCUGCUGACCCUGCCCAACGGGGAGCGUCUCAGCCUGCCGCCCAAUGUGCGCAUCAUGUUCGAGGUGCAAGACCUGAAGUACGCCACGCUGGCCACCGUGUCCCGCUGUGGGAUGGUGUGGUUCAGCGAGGACGUGCUCAGCACCGACAUGAUCUUCAACAACUUCCUGGCCCGCCUGCGCAGCAUCCCGCUGGACGAGGGCGAGGAUGAGGCGCAGCGCAUGCGCAAGGGCACCGAAGACGAGGGCGAGGAGGCCGCCUCCCCCAUGCUGCAGAUCCAGCGGGACGCAGCCGCCAUCCUGCAGCCGUACUUCACCUCCACGGGGCUGGUGAUCAAGGCGCUGGAGCAUGCCUCUAAGAUGGAGCACAUCAUGGACUUCACCAGGCUGCGCUGCAUGGGCUCCCUCUUCUCCAUGCUGCACCAGGCCUGCCGCAACGUGGCGCUCUACAACAACAACCACCCAGACUUCCCCAUGCCUAUCGACCAGCUGGAACGCUACAUGCAGAGGUACCUGAUCUACGCCGUGCUGUGGUCCUUCUCUGGUGACGGCAGGCUGAAGAUGAGAGCAGAGCUGGGCGAGUACAUCCGGCGCAUCACCACCGUCCCGCUGCCCUCGGCGCCCAACGUGCCCAUCAUCGACUACGAGGUUUCCAUCACAGGUGAAUGGCAGUCGUGGCAGGGCAAGGUGCCCCAGAUUGAAGUGGAGACUCACAAGGUGGCAUCUCCCGACGUCGUGGUGCCCACCCUGGACACAGUGCGCCACGAGGCCCUGCUCUACACCUGGCUGGCAGAGCAUAAGCCCCUGGUUCUGUGCGGCCCGCCUGGGUCUGGUAAAACCAUGACCCUGUUCAGUGCCCUCAGAGCCUUGCCUGACAUGGAGGUUGUGGGUCUGAAUUUCUCCAGCGCCACCACCCCCGAGCUUCUGCUGAAGACAUUCGACCACUACUGCGAAUACCGGCGCACACCAAACGGCGUGGUGCUGGCACCGGUGCAGCUGGGCAAGUGGCUGGUGCUGUUCUGUGAUGAGAUUAACCUGCCAGACAUGGACAAGUAUGGUACUCAAAGGGUCAUCUCCUUCCUCAGACAGAUGGUGGAGCAUGGAGGAUUCUACCGCACCUCAGACCAGACCUGGGUCAAACUGGAGAGGAUCCAGUUUGUUGGGGCCUGUAACCCCCCCACAGACCCUGGCCGAAAGCCCCUUUCACACAGGUUCCUACGCCAUGUGCCAGUGGUGUAUGUGGACUACCCCGGCCCUGCCUCCCUCACCCAGAUCUAUGGAACCUUCAACCGUGCCAUGUUGAGGCUCAUCCCGUCCUUGCGCACCUACGCCGAGCCGCUCACCGCCGCCAUGGUGGAGUUCUACACAAUGUCACAGGAGCGCUUUACCCAGGACACCCAGCCACACUACAUCUACUCCCCCCGAGAGAUGACCCGCUGGGUCAGGGGGAUCUUCGAGGCCCUGCGGCCCCUGGAGACGCUCCCUGUCGAGGGACUGAUCCGCAUCUGGGCCCACGAGGCGCUUCGUCUCUUCCAGGACAGGCUGGUGGAGGAUGAGGAACGCCGCUGGACUGAUGAGAACAUUGAUACGGUUGCCUUGAAACACUUCCCCAACAUCGACCGCGAGAAGGCCCUGAAUCGACCCAUCCUGUACAGCAACUGGCUGUCCAAGGACUAUAUCCCUGUGGAGCAGGAGGAGCUGAGAGACUAUGUUAAAGCCCGUCUGAAGGUCUUCUAUGAGGAGGAGCUGGACGUGCCUCUGGUGCUCUUUAACGAGGUCUUGGAUCACGUCCUCAGGAUCGACCGAAUCUUCCGCCAGCCACAGGGCCACCUGCUCCUCAUUGGGGUCAGCGGAGCUGGGAAGACCACCCUGUCCCGCUUCGUGGCCUGGAUGAACGGCCUCAGUGUCUACCAGAUCAAGGUGCACAGGAAGUACACAGGCGAGGACUUUGACGAAGACCUGCGCACCGUGCUGAGACGAUCUGGCUGCAAGAAUGAGAAGAUCGCCUUCAUCAUGGACGAGUCCAACGUGCUGGACUCUGGCUUCCUGGAGCGCAUGAACACCCUGCUGGCCAAUGGAGAGGUCCCCGGUCUGUUCGAGGGUGACGAGUAUGCCACCCUGAUGACCCAGUGCAAGGAGGGUGCACAGAAGGAGGGCCUGAUGCUGGACACCCACGAGGAGCUGUACAAGUGGUUCACCAGCCAGGUCAUCAGGAACUUGCAUGUGGUGUUCACCAUGAACCCGUCCUCCGAGGGCCUGAAGGACCGCGCCGCCACCUCCCCUGCCCUCUUCAACAGGUGUGUGCUGAACUGGUUUGGAGACUGGUCCACGGAAGCCCUGUACCAGGUCGGCAAAGAAUUCACCAGCAAGAUGGACCUGGAGAAGCCCAACUACAAGGUGCCAGACUACAUGCCCAUUGUGUAUGACAAGCUGCCUCAGCCUCCAACCCACCGUGAGGCCAUCGUCAACAGCUGCGUCUUUGUGCACCAGACCCUGCACCAGGCAAACAAUCGUCUGGCAAAGCGUGGUGGGCGCACCAUGGCCAUCACCCCUCGCCACUACCUGGACUUCAUCAACCACUACGCUGACCUGUUCUCUGAGAAGCGCAGUGAGCUGGAGGAGCAGCAGAUGCACCUUAAUGUGGGCCUGCGCAAGAUCAAAGAGACCGUGGACCAGGUGGAGGAGCUCCGCCGUGACCUGAGGAUCAAGAGCCAGGAGCUGGAGGUGAAGAAUGCUGCUGCCAACGACAAGCUGAAGAAGAUGGUGAAAGACCAGCAGGAGGCAGAGAAGAAGAAGGUCAUGAGUCAGGAGAUCCAGGAAGCUGUCUAUAGGCAGCAGGAAGUGAUCAAGGACAAGCAGUUGCGUGUGAAGCAAGACCUGGACCAAGUGGAGCCUGCUGUCAUAGAAGCCCAAAACGCCGUUAAGUCCAUUAAGAAGCAGCAUCUGGUGGAGGUGCGGUCAAUGGCCAAUCCACCAGGGGCGGUGAAGCUGGCCCUGGAGUCCAUCUGCCUGCUGCUCGGGGAGAGCACCACGGACUGGAAGCAGAUCCGCUCCAUCAUUAUGCGGGAGAACUUCAUCCCCACCAUUGUUAACUUUUCUGCCGAUGAGAUCAGUGAUUCAAUUCGUGAGAAGAUGAAGAAAAACUACCUAUCCAAUCCCGCUUACAACUAUGAGCAGGUCAACAGGGCUUCUCUGGCCUGUGGGCCUAUGGUCAAAUGGGCUAUUGCUCAGCUGAACUAUGCCGACAUGCUGAAGCGUGUGGAGCCACUGCGCAACGAGCUGCAGAAGCUGGAGGACGACGCCACGGACAACAAGUCCAAGGCGGAGGAGGUGGAACAGAUGAUCCGGGACCUGGAGUCCAGCAUCGCCCGCUACAAGGAGGAGUACGCCGUGCUCAUCUCCGAGGCACAGGCUAUCAAGGCUGACCUGGCCGCUGUGGAGGCCAAGGUGAACCGCAGUACCGCCCUGCUCAAGAGCCUGUCGGCUGAGCGCGACCGCUGGGAGAAGACCAGCGAGACCUUCAAGAACCAGAUGUCCACUAUCGCCGGGGACUGCCUGCUGUCAGCCGCCUUCAUCGCCUACGCCGGCUACUUUGAGCAGCAGAUGCGCCAGAACCUCUUCACCACCUGGUCGCACCACCUGCAGCAGGCCAACAUCCAGUUCCGCACGGACAUUGCCAGGACAGAGUACCUGUCCAACGCAGACGAGCGGCUGCGCUGGCAGGCCAACUCUCUGCCCGCUGAUGACCUCUGCACCGAGAACGCCAUCAUGCUGAAGAGGUUCAACAGGUACCCCCUCAUCAUCGACCCCUCAGGCCAAGCCACUGAGUUCAUCAUGAACGAGUACAAGGAUCGCAAGAUCACCAGGACCAGCUUCCUGGAUGACGCCUUCAGGAAGAACCUGGAGAGCGCCUUACGAUUUGGAAACCCUCUCCUGGUGCAGGAUGUGGAGAGCUACGACCCCAUCCUGAACCCUGUGCUCAACAGGGAGGUCCGUAGGACUGGUGGCCGAGUGCUCAUCACUCUCGGCGACCAGGACAUUGACCUGUCACCAUCCUUUGUCAUCUUCCUCUCCACCCGAGACCCUACGGUGGAGUUCCCUCCUGACCUGUGCUCCCGUGUGACCUUCGUGAACUUCACUGUGACGCGCAGCAGCCUGCAGAGCCAGUGCCUGAAUGAGGUCCUGAAAGCGGAGCGGCCGGACGUGGACGAGAAGCGCUCGGACCUCCUCAAACUGCAGGGUGAAUUCCAGCUGCGCCUGCGGCAGCUGGAGAAGUCCCUGCUGCAGGCCUUGAACGAGGUCAAGGGUCGCAUCCUGGAUGAUGACACCAUCAUCACCACCCUGGAGAAUCUGAAGAAGGAGGCGGCAGAGGUGACGCGGAAGGUGGAGGAGACGGACAUCGUCAUGCAGGAGGUGGAGACGGUGUCCCAGCAGUACCUUUCACUGUCCUCCGCCUGCAGCAGCAUUUACUUCACCAUGGAGGCCCUCAACCAGAUGCACUUCCUGUACCAGUACUCCCUGCACUUCUUCCUGGACAUCUACCACACCGUGCUGUACGAAAACGCCAACCUGAGGGCUGUGAGUGACCACACCCAGCGCCUGGCACUCAUCACCAAGGACCUGUUCCAGGUUGCGUUCAACCGAGUGGCAAGAGGUAUGCUGCACAAUGACCACAUCACCUUCGCCAUGCUCUUAGCCAGGAUCAGCCUGAAAGGCAAGACCAGCGAGCCAUCCUACGACGCUGAGUUCCAGCACUUCCUGCGUGGGAAGGAGAUUGUGCUGACGGGAACUGCAGUUCCCAAGGUGAAGGGCCUGACCACAGACCAGAGCGAGGCCAUGGUCCGCCUCAGCCGCCUCCCGGCCUUCAAGGACCUGGUCACUAAGGUGCAGGCCGACGAGCAAUUCUUCAUGUGGCUGGAAAGCAACUCCCCAGAGCUGUCGGUGCCCUACCUCUGGGUCGAGGAGAAAACUUCGAGUCCAAUUGGCCAGGCCGUGCACCAGCUGCUCCUGAUCCAGGCCUUCCGGCCCGACCGCCUGCUGGCCAUGUCCCACAUUUUUGUGUCCAAGGUCCUGGGGGAGACCUUCAUGUCCAUCAUCGAGCAGCCGCUAGACCUGGCCAGCAUUGUGGACAGUGAGGUGAAGCCGGGUACGCCCGUCCUGAUGUGCUCUGUCCCUGGCUACGACGCCAGCGGACUGGUGAGGGACCUGGCUGCCGAGCAGAGCAAGCAAAUCACGUCCAUUUCCAUUGGCUCCGCUGAGGGAUUCAACAAGGCCGACAGAGACAUCAACACUGCAGUCAAGUCAGGCAGGUGGGUGAUGCUGGAGAACGUCCACCUCGCCCCUGGAUGGCUGAUGCAGCUUGAGAAGAAGCUCCACUCCAUGCAGCCCCAUGCCAGCUUCCGCCUCUUCCUCACCAUGGAGAUCAACCCCAAGGUGCCUGUCAACCUGCUCCGAGCCGGCCGCAUCUUCGUGUUUGAGCCCCCUCCCGGUGUGAAGGCCAACAUGCUGAGGACAUUCAGCAGCAUCCCAGUGGCUCGCAUGUGCAAGUCCCCGAACGAGCGUGCCCGCUUGUACUUCCUGCUGGCCUGGUUCCAUGCUGUGAUCCAGGAGCGAUUGCGCUAUGCCCCGCUGGGCUGGUCCAAGAAGUACGAGUUUGGCGAGUCAGACCUGCGUUCGGCCUGUGACACUGUAGACACCUGGCUGGAUGACACGGCCAAGGGCCGGCAGAACAUCUCCCCGGACAAGAUCCCAUGGGCGGCACUGAAGACCCUAAUGGCCCAGUCCAUCUACGGAGGCCGCAUUGACAACGAGUUCGACCAGCGACUGCUCAACACCUUCCUGGAGCGCAUCUUCACCACCUCUAGCUUCGACAGCGAGUUCAAACUGGCCUUCAAGGUGGACGGCCACAAGGACAUCAAGAUGCCCGACGGCAUCCGGCGAGAGGAGUUCAUGCACUGGGUGGAGUUGCUGCCCGACACCCAGACCCCAUCCUGGCUGGGGCUGCCAAGCAACGCCGAGAAGGUCCUACUGACCACUCAGGGCACUGACAUGAUGGGUAAGAUGCUGAAAAUGCAGAUGUUGGAGGAUGAGGACGACCUGGCCUAUGAGACUGAGAAGAAGCAGCGGACCAGCCCCUCAUCUGACGCCCAGCCCGCCUGGAUGAGGACCCUGCACACCACGGCCUGUAACUGGCUCCAGCUCAUCCCACAGUCCGUCAACCACCUGAAGCGCACCGUGGAGAACAUCAAGGAUCCACUCUUCCGCUUCUUUGAGCGGGAGGUGAAGAUGGGUGCCCGAAUGCUGCAGGACGUGCGGCAGGACCUGACGGACGUUGUGCAGGUGUGCGAGGGCAAGAAGAAGCAGACCAACGUGCUCCGUGCCCUCAUCAACGACCUUGUCAAAGGUAUUCUGCCCCGCAGUUGGUCUCGCUACACAGUGCCUGCGUCCAUGACCGUGAUCCAGUGGGUGGGAGACUUCAGCGAGCGCAUCAAGCAGCUGCAGCAGAUCUCUCAAGCAGCCGCCAGCGGGGGCGCCAAAGAGCUGAAGAACAUCCAUGUAUGCCUGGGCAGCCUGUUCGUACCCGAGGCCUACAUCACGGCCACCAGGCAGUACGUGGCCCAAGCGAACAGCUGGUCCCUGGAGGAGCUCUGCCUGGAGGUCAACGUCACCACCUCCCAGGGGGCCGCACUGGAUGCCUGCAGCUUUGGCAUCAAAGGUCUUAAGCUGCAGGGCGCCACCUGUGCCAACAACAAGCUGUCGCUGUCCACAGCCAUCUCCACCGAGCUCCCCCUGACUCAGCUGCGCUGGCUGAAGCAGAGCAAUGCGGAGAAGAGGAACAUGGUCACUCUGCCCGUGUACCUCAACUUCACCCGGGCUGACCUGAUUUUCACAGUGGACUUCGAUAUCGCCACCAAGGAGGACCCUCACAACUUCUACGAGCGUGGGGUGGCUGUGCUCUGCACCGAGUAGACACUGCCUCUCACAGGACAACACAAGAACUAAUACUCAUUCCAAUCUGUAGUUUAGCUCAGCAUGAAACCGUAUCUUAAAAGUAACUAGUGAUGUUAUAAUCUAGAUUCAUUAAAAAAAUUAAACAUUACUCAUUUUGUGAAAGCAGUUCAGAAGGUCUGAGAAGUGUUGUAAGUUAUAAGGCAUGUGUUGGAAGGAAGGAGGUCAGAAUGGAAGGGCUGGAGGAUUUUAAAGAAGGAACUUGUAUGGUUUUUAUGAAAGGAACAUGGUGUUUGG